AUGCUUGUAGUAAUAGACAACAAAUCAAACUUUAAAAUAUUAGAAGAUAGUGAAGUUUUUCACCAAAGUUCCAAGACCUUGGCUAAUUCACCAAAGCAUGAAGUUCUUGCUUUAUUAGUCCCUAAUGAUUAUACAGAAUGGAGUUAUCAUUAUGCUGAAACUUUGGAAUAUUUUGGUUUAUGGCGCAAAAGUAAAGACGUAGUUAAAUUAGGGAAAGAUACUGAUAUGAAAUAUGAGGAUUUAAAAAGUUUACCAAUACAUAAAAAGCAGUUAGCUAUUCCACGUUUAGAUAGUAACGCAAAUCAUAUUUUAGUUCUUCAUGGUGGAAUUCAUGAACCGGUUGUACUUUAUAUUUGUAGAGAAGGAAAAUAUUACCCAAAAUCUUCUGUUAAGGAAAUAAGACAAAAAAAUAAAUCGGAUUAUGUUAAAGGAAAUGAUAUAUGUAGCAAAUUUGAUACUAAACGAUCCAGUGGGAAAUAUAAAAUAGAAGAGAUACAAAACGAAAGCAAUGAAAUUAGAUAUAUUGAACUAUAA